AUGGCGACCAUCAAAAUAAUUGUGCUGGUACUGGCUGCAAUAAGCCAAUACACAGCUGACGCACAGUGCCAUGGCUAUGCCCCGCCGCCGUAUUAUGCGCCUCCAGCAGUGUUACCAGCACCAGCUCCCAUAAUGGCCCCAACAUAUUUACCUCCAGCACCAUUACCCGUAGCUCCACUACCAUUAGGACCUCUACCUGUAGCACCACUACCUGUAUCUCCACUACCCAUAGGUCCAAUACCCGUAGCGCCACUACCUCCAACACCUUUGCCCCCACCUCCUGUACCCCCAGGUUGUCCCUCAGCGAUCACCAUCCCCAUGCCACCAUUGCCACCACUAUAUGUCACUCUACCACCACCAGCUCCCGUCUACGUAACUCCACCAGCCGCGCCACCACUGCUUGUAGAAAUUCCAGCACCGCCACCAAUAACAGUCACACCGCCUCCUAUGCCACCCAUGGUAGUGUCACCUCCUCCUCCACCGCCCUUAACUAUAAAUCCCCCUACUUCACCACCAAUUUGCGUGACCCCUCCACCUCAAGCACCAGUAUUCGUUACUCCACCAACCCCUCCUACCAUGUACGUAAACCCACCGCCGCUACCACCCAUGCUUAUUGAGAUACCGUUGCCACCACCAGUCGUGAUUGAACUGCCGCCUCCACCUCCAAUUGUUGUGCAGCCACCUCCAUUAGGACAGAUUAUGGUGCAACCUCCACCUCUACCUCCAGUUCCGGUAGAUUUACCACCGCCACCACCAAUGAUGGUGCAACCACCUCCGCUACCUCAACUGUGUGUCCAGCCGCCUCCGCCGCCACCCAUCAGCGUCCAACCUCCAGCACCACCUCCGAUGACUGUUCCCCUGGCACCACUGCCUCCUAUCACCGUUCAGCCGCCAGCACCAGCGCCGAUCUCCGUCGAAGUGCCUCCAACUGGUCCAGUGCUGGUCCAACCGCCGCCAUUACCUCCGUUCUGCGUGCAACCGCCACCUCCACCCCCCAUGUGUCUGCAACCACCGUCGCCACCACCCAUCUGCUGCAGUUCGUCUCCCCCGCCUGGCCCAUACGACCCACUGCCACCUCCACUAGCGUAUCCACCAUCACCAACUCCCAUUUAUUUGUAG